CAUGACGACGACUAACAUUGAGGUUCCACUGCAGGAGGUGUUCCCACUGUUCCAGUGUUCCGUGUGUCAUGGUGUUCCGAUGUUUCCACCAGUACACUCCUGUAGUCGGGGACACAAUGUGUGCUAUUGCUGUAUGGACCUCGUGAACAACCAUUGUAACGAAUGCAAAGAACCGCUCUCAGUGCGGAACACCUUUCUAGAGGAGUUCCUCGCUUCUACAACAUUUGCGGAAUUGAUGAAUUCUACCGGCUCAGGUGAGAUGACAGUAGGAACAGCUGCUUCACAGACCAUGGAGAAUAUAGUAACUGACGAAUGUGCGGCUCAGCUGUUAGUUAGUGGGAGAACAGUCAGUUGUCCGUUCCCCUGCCCCGCGAGGAUCACUGCCUCAGGACUCUACAGACAUUUCGAGUUUGGCCAUCCUGAGGUGCUGCUGGGGAUGUUAUGCAAGAACAGACCCUUCAACGUCGUCAUCCCUGGAGAGCUCCUGGCAGAAUGUCCUAGGGUCUCCAGGUGUCUCUACAUCUUGGUGGUGGACAUCGCUGAUGACAACAACGAGGACAGCGAUCUAGGUCUACUAGACCCGUUUUACUGUGAAAUCUAA